GGGAUAAAAUUCCGAAAAAAUUAGGUUAAGUUUUAAGAGUGAUGUGUUUUUUUUUUAAAUUUGUAAAUUGUUAAACGAAUGAAAUUUCUAUUUAAAUACUGAAAUGACAAAAAUUCUUCCCCAUCAGAAAGGAACAACCCUCCUAUCAAAACGUACUGUCCAAUAAUGUUCAUGCACAGCGCUCUUCUUCGAAGGUCAAUUUCAGCAAGCCAGUUUUCCAGAUUCAAACAUUCAGUAGAUUAUUCAAAGUUUCCUGUAUUAAAUGAAAAUGAUUUGGAAGAAAUGCAUGUCAGAGGGACUGGACCUGGGGGACAAAAGGUUAAUAAAACUUCAAAUUGUGUUGUUCUGAAACAUAUUCCUACAGGUAUUCUAGUAAAAUGCCACGAGUCAAGGUCGUUGCCAAAAAAUCAAGAGAUAGCACGAUCUCACCUUCUAACGAAAAUAGAUAAUUUCUUGAAUGGGGAAAACAGUGUUGAGGCCCAAUUGAAGGCACUUCAAGAUAAAAAGGAUUCUGCGAGAAAGGCCAAAAAAGAAAAGCUAAAGUUGCUCAAAGAAAAAUGGAAAGAAAGAGAGAAAGAGAGCUAAAGAGAGUAGUUGAGUUUAGGUUUUGUUUUAUUUUGUAAAUAUUUCCUUUUUUUUUCUGUAUUGAUAGUUAUGUUCCAUUAUUUGCAACAGAUUUGUAGAAAUUUAUCACUAUCAUUUUUCUCAAUAGUAGAUUUUCCCCUACUACUGGAUAGAAGGAAGAAUGUUUGUUUUUAAACAACAAAAAAAUCUUGGUGUUUCUAAAAAUCAUAUGCUUUAUGAUAUUCUAUAAAACUUUGAAAAUUAUAGUGUUUUUGACUUAAA